AUGACCCUGUUCCAAUUUCUCCUUCUGCUCUGCGCCAUAUGGCCCACUGGGGCUCUUGAUAUAUUCUGUGGAUCGCUUACCGUAUACGAGCAGCAGAGAUUCGGCUCGAAUGCCAUUAAUAUUUCUUCGCAGGCGACGGAUGACCUGAAGCAGUGUUUGGAGCUGUGCUGCAAUAUUCCCAAUUGCCGAGGCGUUACUCUACUGGGGAUCAUCAGCCCGAGGCCAGGAGAGCCGAAUUGCCAACUGGUGGGCUGCCGUGGCGGUGAUUGUCUAUUGGCUCCAAAGGGCAACUUCAACGACGGCGUCCUCUCCGUGGUUUUGAAGAGGGAUGGGCCCACCCAAACCACUCCACAACUUGCCGGGACGGCGGGAAUGGAUUCUGAUGGAAGGCUGAUAGGAGCUCCGGCAGCCACUCCAAAAUACACCACUGCAGCCUCGAUAACAAUCCCUGAGUUUUUCACACCAAGCCGGGCAAGUUCAGGGGAUUUUAGUGGAUUUGAAAUCUCCUCAACCACCACCGUACCUCCACCUCCAGAUUAUGAUCAUAACGAGAAGCUGUCGAGGGCAUUGCAACCUGUUUGGGCUGUCGGAUUGGCCAUCGUCAUCGCCGUGGUGUGCGUCGGAUUGAGCCUCGGCCUCCUAUCCGCCUAUAUAUGCUACAAAAGGCAAAAGAAUCGGAAGCAACGUGCCGAAAUCACAAGGCCAAAAUUACCCACAUUACAUGCUUUUAAUACUGCAUAU